CACUCAUAGCCACCAUGAGCGAGUCCUUUGACUGUGCGAAAUGCAGCGAGUCCCUGUAUGGCCGCAAAUACAUCCAGACGGACGACGGCCCCUACUGCGUGCCCUGCUAUGACAAUACCUUCGCUAACACGUGUGCUGAGUGCCAGCAGCUUAUCGGGCAUGACUCAAGGGAGCUGUUCUACGAAGACCGCCACUUCCACGAGGGCUGCUUCCGCUGCUGCCGCUGCCAGCGCUCACUGGCCGAUGAGCCCUUCACUUGCCAGGACGGGGAGCUGCUCUGCAAUGACUGCUACUGCAGCGCCUUCUCAUCGCAGUGCUCCGCCUGCGGGGAGCCCGUCAUGCCUGGGUCCCGGAAGCUGGAAUAUGGAGGCCAGACGUGGCACGAGCACUGCUUCCUGUGCAGUGGCUGUGAGCAGCCGCUGGGCUCCCGUUCCUUUGUGCCCGACAAGGGUGCUCACUACUGCGUGCCCUGCUAUGAGAACAAGUUUGCGCCUCGCUGCGCCCGCUGCAGCAAGAGUCUCAAGCAGCCCCUUGACCCGCCAGACGGCGGGAUCAAAUCCACGAUCGGGGCGCCCUCCGGGGCAGCGCCCCCCGCCUCCCGCUCCCAGCGCGUCCCAGGUUAUCACGGCCGGGUUGGGCGGGGGCGAGGAGGCGGGGCCGGGAGCAGAGCGAGGAUUCGGCACCGGGCACGGCGGCUCACCUCAGCAGGCGGCAGGAGCAGGAAACCAGGCCGCGCGAUCCCCUCGGCGGCGGCUCGUACCUGCGGGCGGAGCCGAGCGGGGGCCGAGCGCGCCGCCGGUGAGGUGCCAGCACGCACGGACUGCGUGGGCGGUGGGGCUCAUUUAACCCCUCCCCGAGGAAGUGCGCGCAGAGACGCCCGCCGGACCCCGCCUCCGGCCGCCCCUGCCACAGAGUGCCGGACCCCGCCCAACCCCGCAGGCUAG